GCGUGAUUCCCCGACCCCCAUAUAACCAGGCCCGCGAACCACAGACCAGCAGACUACGAAUUGCAGCCGAAAGAGGAGUAACGAGAGAAUUCACAUUGUACCCAGACACGACUAGCCUACGGAUUACGAAUUUUACUUUGCCCGCCGGAUUAUUCCUACACGUACAGUUUAACAAGCAAUCAUGAUCAAAGCCGGACUUAACCAGAACGAGCUGGAGGCUCUGAGAAGACUGAGCGGAGAACCAAUGGUCCAGUCCCAGGACUUCCAGUCCUCUUCCCUCCUGUCUUCCUCCAGUCUGGGAGAGGUGCAUUCCUCUAUGCCCAUUCCAAACACCCCUGCUGAUGGCCUUCUUGUCAAGAUUGAGUGUGCUGGUGCCUGCUAUUUGGAAGGCAAGACCAGAAGCAAGCGUUUUACCCCACAGUUCCCUGGAAAUGAGAUCGCUGGAACCAUCCAUGACAUUGGCAAUGACCUGCCUAACUGCAACUACACAGUGGGAGACCGCGUACUGAUUGUGCCUGAUGAGGACACCACCAACACCGGAUAUGCCGAGUUCAUCCCCGUGGAAGACACAGCUCGCGUUGUCCAGAUCCCCAACAGCGUGCCCCUGGAAGUUGCAGCCAUGUUGCCUGGCAGUGCCCUCACCGCUUACGCGGCUGUCUGCAGUGCCAAGCCUCAUGUGGAGAAGCUCCGCAAAGUGAAAUCUUGCGUCAACGUUCUUGUUGUCGGAGGCGGCGGACUUGCACUGUGGACCCUCAAGCUUGCCCAGUACCUGAUUGGCCGUGACUGCAGCAACGUCCGUGUGUUUGUUGCGGACAACAGCAUUGACAGACUGCUCACUGCCCAGGACCAUGGUUGCACAGACAUCAUCCACUGGAACGAGGAGGAUCAUGAGCAGUACAUCAUUGAGCGCACCCUGGACUCCUGCCGCGGAGGUGUGGAUGUCAUCAUUGACUUUGUUGGCUCACACCGAAGCAUGCAGCGCUCCCUCAAAGUUCUCAACAGAGAGGGAUUAAUCUUGGUUGGCGGAAACUCCACAUCAGAAACCAGCAUCUCACUCAAUGCCCUCGCAGCCAAACAACAAAGUAUCGUGGGUAUCCCCAAGGGUAACCUGAACCAGCUCAUGGAUCUGCUCAACGCUGUUGCUGAUAAAACAGUGGAGAUUCCCCAGUACAAAGUGUUCCCAGUUGAAGAAGCUAACCAGGUUUUCGAGGACCUUUGCGAGUGCAGAUUGACCAGCAGGGCUGUCUUCAAGUUUGGGUCACAAACCAGCUCACAUGUGGUAGACAACCAGUGAACGGUCUUCCCUGAUCAUCUCAUAUCACUUUCCAAAGUCAGCUCAUUGCAAGAAACUAGAGGUCCCCAACUGAUUGUAUUCAAACCAGGGAGAUUGGGCAGGCCGAACUUGGCCCCUAGUGGGAUAGCAAGUUCACCUGCUGAAAGGGUCGCAUCUGGAUCAUCAAGCUUCUGUUCAGGGAGGCCCUGUGCGGUUGAAAUUUGGUGACUGGCGCGAGGAUGCGGCUUGUUCCAAUUCAUGAAGUAGCAGCAUUUUUAUACAUAACAGACUGCUUCAAAUGGCCAUUGAACUGCUUUUUGUACUGUAAUGUAUGUGAAAGUUUUCUUAUGACUCCGUUAAAAGAUCAAUCUGUUGAGAACAGUUUUCCAACCAUCUUGCUGUAUUGUUACUGUACUUGAUGCAAGAUAAAGCCGAGCAAAAAGUCCCACCCAAAAUACUCAAAAUGUUUUGUACUUGAUCUUAAAGGUGGCAUUCUAAAUGUGAGCUUUUAAAGGUGAAAAAUGUUUUAAUAGAUCUGGUGAAAGUGUUGGACAAUUCUCCUUUUACCUUUUUGUCUUGAAGAUUAAACUGUUGUAUUGUCAUCUGGGCUAUGGGAAUUUUGGAAAUAUAAGAAGAUACAGUUUUUAGGAUUAAAGCUGAUCCUAUUGGCAUCUUUGGUACUUACAAUGAUGAGCGUCAAUGUGUGUACUGCAGGAUUUUCCUGCUUUCAUUUUCCAUCAUUAUUAAGACUUGUUCAUUUAAGCUACGUGGCUUCAAAAUAGAUGGUGUAACACCAUGAAUUCAUAUAGUAAAAGAGGAAUUUGUGAGGGAGAAAGACCAUUCACAGAUAUAAAUUGCAAUCUCAUUUGUGUACGUUAUCCUUUCUUCUAGAGGGACUUCUUACAUUCAGUUGUAAAUAAAUAUUUUUAACCCUCUACUUGGGUAGAAAAACGUGGUUGACACCUCGUUCUCACAAUACGAAGUGCUUUCUGAUGCAUCUUCAGAUUCAAAUGCUGCCGUUUAAAUUUGAAAUGUGAUGUUCUUUUUUACAUAAAUUAAUUUGAAUGAUGCAUUCAGUUUGUCAUUUGCAUUUGGUAUGCUUGUUGAUGGUUGUGAAAUAGUGAUGAACUUAAAAGUCGUCAUUUAGAUUUAGGAUUUCAGCUGCAUCGGAAAAUCUAUUCUUUUCCCUUUUUGAGAACAUUGUUUUGGCUAUGAAGUAUAAUUGCCUCCAAGGAAACUGAAAGUUUAAAAAAAUUUAUUUUAAAAUUGGUUGAUCAGAAAUAGACUAUAAAGUGAAGGAUGGCAAGAGUGAUUGAAUGUUUCUAUAUUUUUAGGUGCUAAUCUUAAGGUAUGGCUGAAUGUGAAAUAUGAUGAAAUGCAUAGAUUAUGACUGUCAUUGUACAUGAUAUGAAUAGUGUUGAAAUGGUGUGGAAACACACAAAAUGUAACUUGAUAUGUAGGAACGGUAUUCACAAUGAAUCUGACAUGUUGAGUCAAAUAAAUGUUGAAGUAAUUUACAUUUUAAAA